UAUUUCUCAGUGCAGCGGUGGCAGCUGGGGGACCGAGGCCUUUUGUUUGGAGCAGCUGCAGGGGGUGGGCCCCCCGGAGCGGCGAGACCGGCGGCCUUCCCCAGCUCGCUCGGUCCUGGCCGCCCCACUCAGGGGUUGGGGGGCCACCCCCUGGGCCGGCCUCGCCUCAAGCGCCUCCGUCCCGCCCUCGGCCCGCCCGCGCGCCCGCCCCGCCCGGCCAGCUAAAGGGGAAGAACUGGCUGGGCCUCCUCGCAGGGCCUAGCCACCUCCGGAGUCGCUGCCGCCACCGCCACCACCACCCUCCGUGCACCGAACCCCAGGCUGCCCCUCGCCCCUCAGGCCGUCGCCAUGAAGAUCAAGGAUGCCAAGAAACCCUCUUUCCCAUGGUUUGGCAUGGACAUUGGGGGAACUCUAGUAAAACUCUCAUAUUUUGAACCGAUUGAUAUCACAGCAGAGGAAGAACAAGAAGAAGUUGAGAGCCUGAAAAGUAUCCGGAAGUAUUUGACUUCUAAUGUAGCAUACGGAUCCACAGGUAUUCGGGAUGUACACCUUGAACUGAAGGAUUUAACACUUUUUGGCCGAAGAGGGAACCUGCACUUUAUCAGAUUUCCAACCCAGGACCUGCCUACUUUUAUCCAAAUGGGAAGAGAUAAAAACUUCUCCACAUUACACACGGUGCUAUGUGCUACAGGAGGUGGUGCUUACAAGUUUGAAAAAGAUUUUCGCACAAUUGGAAACCUCCACCUGCACAAACUGGAUGAACUUGACUGUCUUGUAAAGGGCUUGCUGUAUAUAGAUUCUGUCAGUUUCAAUGGACAAGCAGAGUGCUAUUAUUUUGCUAAUGCCUCAGAACCUGAGAGAUGCCAAAAGAUGCCUUUUAACCUGGACGACCCCUAUCCACUGCUGGUAGUGAACAUUGGCUCGGGAGUCAGUAUUCUAGCAGUCCAUUCCAAAGACAACUACAAACGAGUAACUGGGACAAGCCUUGGAGGAGGUACCUUUCUGGGCUUAUGCAGUUUAUUGACUGGCUGUGAAAGUUUUGAAGAGGCUCUUGAAAUGGCAUCCAAAGGGGACAGCACCCACGCUGACAAGCUGGUCCGUGACAUUUAUGGAGGAGAUUAUGAAAGAUUUGGUCUGCCAGGUUGGGCUGUAGCAUCUAGUUUUGGCAACAUGAUUUAUAAGGAGAAGCGAGAAUCUGUUAGUAAAGAAGAUCUAGCAAGAGCUACUUUAGUUACUAUCACCAAUAACAUUGGUUCUGUGGCACGAAUGUGUGCUGAUAAUGAGAAAAUAAACAGAGUUGUCUUUGUUGGAAACUUUUUACGAGUCAAUACUCUCUCAAUGAAACUUUUGGCAUAUGCACUGGAUUACUGGUCAAAAGGACAACUGAAAGCAUUGUUUCUAGAGCAUGAGGGGUACUUUGGAGCAGUUGGUGCACUUCUUGGGCUGCCAAAUUUCAGCUAAAAGCAUCAGGUUUAUCUCUGAUAAUAAAUGUCAUCCAAGAGGAACUGAAAACCACAGGCAUAAUUGCUGCAUUAUUUGUCACUGGAAACGAAGGAUAAAAGAGUAGCACUAUUCCUGUUGCUUUUGAAAUGUCAAAAUGGCAAGCUGCUGAAUGUUGCCAUAGUAACAGCAAGAACUCGGUAGCAGGUGAAGUAUUUCUAAUUGAAAUGCUUUCCCUUUUGUAUAUAGCCAGUGUUAAAUCCUUAAAUGCAGUACAGCCUCUGAUUAUUGAGCUUUCUCUCAAAAAGAUUUUCUAUUUAUUUUAUGUAGCCAACAUUGCAGUACUGUAUGCUCAAACAAAUCUUAAAAGGCUCAGAAAUGUUUAUCUCAUAAAAAUAAUUAAUUCUGAAUAUUUGUUACAAGUCCGUUCUAUAUUUUGGGUAUUAGUAAGCAGACCGUAACAUACCCUGUAUCAAAAUAAAUUGAAAUGGCAAUCAAAGAUGAUAAUUUUUAUGUGAUUUUAGAAAUGUCAAGGCAAUACUAAUUAUUCAUUGUUGUUUUCCUAACAUAUCCCCCCAAAAAAGCAUGUUUAUGUGAUCUUUUCCCAGAAGUAUAACCUUUUUAAAAGAAGUACCUUUUUCAAAUGCCAUAAUUUAAUUGAAAUAUUAGCCUGAAUUUUAAAUGAAUCUAGAAAAUGCACAUAUUUGGUGACAUUGCACUUUCUAGAUUUUAUUGUUAAUCAGUACAUUUACAGUGUUUAAUAUUUUGUAAUUGGAAGCUUAAUUAUUUAUUUGAAAGUCCUAUGAUGAGGUCCCAAAGGCUAUUCUAAUGAAGUAUGGUUUGCAUGCAUUGGAGAGUUCUUUCUGUACCACAUUGAUCUCAGGCCCAGACUCAGUCCUUUCUGUCUAAUUAGGUCUGAACCAUCAAAGCUAAAGACUUAAUUCUAUUAUGAACAGCAACAAAAUCACAUUUAUUCUAAAUUGAUGUUAUAGAAGUCAGAGUGCUUUUGAAACUGGAAUUCAGAGGCCGUACUGCAAAAUUAUAAAAGGAUCAGUGUUUUGUACAUCCUGGUAAUAAAAGAAUUAUAAUUCCUAAAUUUACUGUAAAUCCCUUUGCCUUAGAAUUUGCUCUCUAUUUUGAAUCAUUUUUUAUAAUGUUAUAAACCUUUUCAGAUCUUUACUUUGGCAGUAACAUUUUAGAGCUCAGCGACGUCGUUAGAGACUAUUGCUCAUGGUUUUUAUGAAGUACAGGGGGGCCUUGACUUACGAGUGUCCCGACUAACGAGUUUUUUGAGAUACCAGCUGUCUCUCAGCCGAUUUUUUGCAUUGUGUUGACAGAGUAAUUUCAGUUAACGAGCUCCUUAACGGGCUCGGUCUCGGAACGAAUUAAACUCGUAGUCAAGGCCCCACUGUAUUGAGGCUCGGGGAAGCUAGUCAUCUCCUUAAGUUACCAGUAAGUCUGAUGUGCUUUGAAGAACUUACAGCUGUUUACAUUACGGAGAAGUAUUGUGGUGUUUCCACAGAACACAGUUUUGCUCCAUGGAGAACAGUUUUCACUAGACUACCAAGAGGUGCUUAGAAUUUUCAGAAUCUGUGCUCAAAUACUUAUAAUUCGGUUUUCUUUUAUUUAAAGACAUUAAUAUGAGUACUGGUGAAUAUGUAGAGAAAGUAUGUCAGCAUAAUUUUUUAGAAUUUAGAAUAUUUAGAUCUUUGGAUUCAUGUCAUUCAGUAGAUAUUUUGAAAACCUACGACCAAACAUUUCUUUCAUAUUUCCAUUGUAUUGAUGAGGUAUUUCAGCCAAAAGCCAAUUCAACUUAUUUUAAAAGUUUGUGAUUUGGGCAUUGGUACAAAAAGUUUUAAUUCUGAAUAUUUGAAUAUUUUAAAAGACCAUAACUUCAAGUUAUAUUUCUGUGGCAAACGGUACAUUAGCAGCCGUAGGCUUAGGUGGAAAGAAAUGGAAUGAUCAAAGUCUCUACAAGUUAGUUUGAUCAAUACUUUGUUUAAUUUGGGACUAUGAUUCCUACUUCCUGUCCUCAAGAACGGCAGGUACUUGCUAACACGCAUGUAAAGGGGAGUGCCAGCUCACCCUCUGCGCGUGGCUUUCCUCGUGUAUAAUCUAGAAUGACGGGAAUAAGAGCACAGAGUUACGAUGAAGGCUGCCAGGUCCCACUUUUGCAUUGUGGCCUCCGUGUGAGGAUGCGGUGGUGAUAGGUUUGGUUAGGGUCCCAGUCACUACAAUGCCUCACCACUGUGUUCCUGAACAGCGCUGAUAGAAAGAACAUGUGGGCACAUGAAAUUUUACAUUGUCCGGUAGGCACAGUUAAAGUAAAAAGAAAUGGGUGAAAUUCAUUUUCAUUAUAUGUUUCAAUUUAAUUCAGUAAAUAUCUGACAUGCUAUUGUUUCAACAUGUAAUCAAUAUUAAAAGUUACUUAGAUAUUUUACGUUUUGGUCUUUUGCACUUGGUAUUCAAAACCAGUUUGUAUUUUAUACUUAGAGCGCAUCUCAAUUUACACUAACCAUGUUUCCAGUUCUCAGUGGCCAGAUUUGGGUAGUGGCUACUGUAUUAAUGCAGUUUUAAAACUAGCUCUUAAAAUUUGGCUUUAAAAAGCAUGUUUGAGAGGGAGAAAUAUGGGAACCUUAUUUUUUAAAAACAAGGGAUAGGAAGUAGCUCAUUUGGAUAGUUAAUUUUAUACAGACAAGCUGUAUUUCUGACCAUUCCAAAAAUACCUUACACUGCAUCCUAUCCAUCAUAGUGUCUCCUUUCCCAGUGAUACUGAUAAAGUGCCCAGCACACAUUCUGACUGCCCGCAGUACUCUCCAAAGUGUGUAUUUCCUACACUGAAGCAAAUUUGAUGAUUCCAGUGACUUAAAUGCCCCCCAACCUAUCUAAUUUAAUUUUGAGAAGCCAAUUUUAAAGGAUUAAAAAGAGGCCCUAUUCUUUGUUGAGUCAUGUACAAGAGAAUUUAACUUUCGGAUUUAAUUUUCACUUGUAAAAACUGGGUAACAUUUUCAAAUGCAGGAGCACUAUCAACUUAUUUUGAGGCUCAGUAAAGAACACAAGGUCUAUAGAACUUGUCACGCCCCCCAAAACAGAUUGCCUUUUAAUUAGAGAGUUUUAGAACUAGUGGCUUUCAGUUCCAUAUCCCAACUUCCCCAAGACAAAGUAUUGGUAGACUUGCCUAGCAGUUCCUGUUCAGCUACUUUAUUUAAAUACGUGGACUCUUAGUGUAGGAAAAGUCAAUGCUAUUGCCAAUAAUAUACAUGGUAAUUGACAGGCCUUUAGGAAGUUCAGGAUAUUUGCCAAAUAUUAGACUGCAAGGGUUCCUGAGUCUUUUGCCUUUGUGUGCAAAUGUGAUUGCUGUGUUAUAAGUUCUGGUUUCUGAAAGUUUCAUUUCUGUAAGCGAAAGGAUGCGGCUCAGAGGGAAGUUUUUCCUCUGUGUCCAGCGGUACUUUUGCCUUCUAAGAGUAGCUCAUCACUCUUAGUCUCACCUUGAUUUCUUUUUUUUUUAAUGUUUUUUAUUUCAGAGAGGGAGAGAGAGAAAAACAUCAGUGACAAGAGAGAAUCAUUGAUGGGCUGUCUCCUGCACGCCCCCUACUGGGGGUUGAGCCUGCAACCCAGACAUAUGCCCUGCCGGGAAUUGAGCUGUGACCUCCUGGUUCAUAGGUUGAUGCUCAACCACUGAGCACACCAGCCGGGCUCGCCUUGAUUUUUAAGGCUGCAUUCUUGGGUGGAAAGCUUAGCAAAGCAAUAGCUUCUAAAUGUCCUUUGUAACCAGUCUGUAUUAUAUAGAAAAUUUUUCAUAUUUUUUUAGGGUAUUAUUUUUUUCUGAUUGAGCACUUAAUGCUUUUUAAUCUAUUGCAUUUGAGAGUGUAGUUUAGAAAAAGACUGAAAGAAUAAUCACCAGAAAAAAAGAAUGUGCAUUAUUUUUCAUUUAACUUACUGCAUUGUGGUAUGUACUAGUAUAAGCAAAAUACUAGAAACAUGUUGCCUUUUGUAAUAAUACUCUUUGACCUGUUUAAGAUGAUUUGCCAUGAAAUAUCAAUGAUGUCCUAUUUUCCCAGUAAGUUGGUUUAUCUUACUGUGUUUUAUUCUCACUCCGGAGGAAUUCAGCCAACUUUGUUUUUUCAUCAGAUAAUCUCACAAAAUGGUAUGCUUUGUACUACCACCACCUGUUUUCAGUACUGAGCCUGGUAACUGGCAGACCCAAGAAAGAAUUUUCUUCCUUUAAAGUGUUUUAAUAGCCUAUUUUAAAAACUGUUGUGAAAAGUAACUCAUCACAGCUUUUGAGUAAUUUCCACUCUCAAAAAGUUCCGAUGUCUUCAGCAGUCCCUGUUGUUCGGGUUGUCAGUCUUGUGUGGUCAGCGGACGUGGGGUCAUAAUUUGGUUUUGUAUUAGAAAUAGCACCGGUCACUGGUCUAACUUCUUUAAAUGUUUUAUUUGUAAAACAAGGAUACUGAUUUGUCACAGUGGGAUCAUCAGUUGUCAUCAAGUUCCUGGGAAAGGCAGGUACUUGAAUCAUGUGGCAGCGUCUGCAGUGACUGACCCAGUCGGUUCAGAUGCUGGCCUCAUGUCUUGGGAUGUAUUUUAUGUGUAUAUGUUGAUAGGUACUGGACUUGAAUUCUCACCCAACCAAUAGGAUGGUAUUAGUUAUUUAUCAUGUUAUGUUACUGCUUAUAAUGAGCAAGUACAUAUACCUUAAACUAAUAUGAAGGGAAACAUACACAUAUAUUAAAGUGUGUAAACGUAUCUGGAAUUUUUGUUGUGUUAACUUCAAAAUUAUAUGUGCAUUAUUAUAACUUUAUUUACAUUCUGGCCCUUACUGUAAUCAAAGAUUAUUUUUCUUAAACAUUUUCAGUCUGUUUGCCACAGCUGCCACUAAUUUUGUGUUUAAAAGAACUAAUGAGGAAUGUAUUUUUCAAAGGCAUAAAUGAAGGUCAAAAUCAAGAUUUUGAAUUAUAUAAAUAUGCAACUAAAUUUCAAUUCUAAAAUAAUGCUGCUUUUCUUUUUUUGCUAUUUCUUAGCAUCUUUCACACGUUGCAGUGCUUACAAUUCCAGUAGCUAUCAAAGGGCACCAUCUGCUUAACACCAUUGGUAAAGUGUGAGCAGGUAAUGCAGAUGGUUUGAGGUCACUUGAGCCUGCGCCCCCCACCCCACCCCACGCCCGCCUCAUGGCUGCUGUGCCUGCAGUCAGAAGUUGUCGCAGGUGUGAAGCCAUUUUGAAAUCUGCCCUUUUUUUACGAGGUGCCCUUUUUAGUUUACAACAUUUAGGAGCAGCAGGUACCUGUAGUCUCCUUGUCCAAACAUAAUGAAUGGAAUUAGAUGUAAGUCAUGUUAAGGUGGUUUUAUCAUUUUUUUAUACAUUGUGUGUUUGCCCUUUUUUUGACUUUUUACUGAAGUUCAACGGCAUUUGUCUUCCUUCUGCCCGGUGACUGACCAGACCGUACACAGAUGUGUGUGCGUCACCGUAACUUCCACAAGCCAUUUCGGUUUAAGUUGCCUUAUGCUCUCAAGUUGUUCUUGUCUAAGCUUUGUCAUGUUGGAAUCCUAACACUGAAUCUGAUGUAAAAAUGUAUGAUGUGCUGCAAAUUUUAUUCAUAACAAACUAAGUUAUAGCCUAUUGUAACCUAUAAGACAUUUUUUGUAAAUUGUCUAAUUUAUUUUUUCAUUUAUGUACAGUUUCUUAUGUAAAUUUUUAGACUGUUUGUGGUGGCCUGUUCUGGAAACAUUCUCCUCCUCUUCCUUAAUGCUUAUUUGCAUGAGAGAACCUUGGGUUUGGCUGUUUGCACUGUAGGAUUUGGCUGGUUUGCACUGUAUGGCCAUGAAGCCAACUUCAGCAUUCUGCCUUCUUUUCUGUAGCUGGACUUUUUCUAGUUUUGUUCAUGUUCUAAAUGUUAAAAUCAUGCUUAUUUCCUACUUUCCAAAUAAAUUCACUAAGUUGUUUACUA